AUGAGAAGCUUUAUCACCAGGCUUGCCCCCAGGCUAGCCACCCGUAUACCCAGGAGAUAUUACUCCUCCGACCCGCGCGACCCGUACGGGCCGUUUGACAAGGCCCCAGUUGUCGACCCUCCCGCGCCCGAGACCCUCGUUACUCUGGCCAUCGAAACCUCAUGUGACGAUACGUGCGUGGCCGUACUUGAGAAGUGUGGCUCGGCCGCGCGCCUACUCUUCGAAAAGAAGGUCACUUCCGAUAACAAGAUCUAUGGCGGCGUACACCCAGCUACGGCCGUCGAGUCUCACACCGCCGCCGUUGCGCCCCUCGUUCGCGAGGCCAUCCGAUAUCUUCCCAACCGCCAGCCAGGCAAGCGGUCCUUUCAGUAUAGAAAGAUGACCACGGGUGAUAUAAUCGCCUUUAAGAGGCUACCCGACUUCGUCACAUCGCCAUCCACCACAUGCAAGCCCACGCUCUCACCCCUCGCCUGGUCCACGCCCUCCGCCAGCCCUGGCCCAAAACCACCCCAACCAAAAGCCCCUUCCUACAACCCCGACUUCCCCUUCCUCACGCUCCUCGCCUCCGGGGGGCAUACCCAACUCGUCCUCUCAAACAGCCUAACCUCCCACACCAUCCUCGCUGACAGCCUGAACAUUUCCGUCGGCGACAUGCUGGACAAAGUCGGGCGGACCCUCCUGCCCCCCGACAUCCUCGACGCCGCCAACGACGUGAUGUACGCCGCGCAACUCGAACGCUUCGCCUUCCCCGUCCCCGACCCAACCCCCUCCAACCCCUCCCCUAAACCAGACUACUCCUGGUACGAAGUACCCCCGACCCGCGCCGACGAGAUCAAGCUCUUCUUCCCCCCUGAGCCCUACAAAUGGUCCCUGACCCCGCCCCUAUCUCAAUCCCGUGACAUGGCCUUCGACUUCUCCGGCUUGGGAGGCCAAGCGCAGAAGAUCCUAACCCAAGACCCCAACCGGCCGCUGGAAUCCAUCCCCAUCGAAGAACGCCGCGAGCUGGCCCGCGGGGUAAUGAAACUCGCCUUUGAGCACCUCGCUUCCCGCGUGCUCUUCGCCCUGCAAGACAUGCGCGGCGCGGUCCCGCACAGGUCCAAACAACACCCGAGUAACCUUCAGGCGGCCAAAAAGAUUGGCACGACCCGCGCGCGUAAUAUCCGCACCUUGGUCCUUUCCGGAGGAGUAGCGAGCAAUGCCUUCCUGCGCAAAGUGCUACGGGAUAUGCUGGACGCGCGGGGGUUCGACGACGUGGAGAUUGUUGCGCCACCGCCGCAGCUGUGUACCGAUAACGCGGCCAUGGUGGCGUGGACGGGCAUGGAGAUGUAUGAGCGGGGAUGGCAGACGGCGUUGGAUGUAUUGCCGGUGAGGAAGUGGCCGUUUGAUCCGGCGCAGUCGGGAGGGGGGAUCAUGGAGAUUGGCGGGUGGAUGGAGUGGAUGCCUCAAGGGGUUGAGUUGUAG